AUGAAUGUCGAACUCUCAACAGAAUUCAGCAUGGAGAAUGAAAGUCCUGUUACAUCAUGGGAUCAGACAGUGAGACCAUAUGUUCAGCUGGAGAACUGGAAAGGUUUUUUUAAUUUCAAAAAUCUGCUGCCUGAAAACAGUGGUGACGUGUCUAAGAAAUACCACUGGGUCAUGACAGCUUAUUUCAUUUUGAGACACUUUCUUCAAACUGAGGUUAUAACAACUGGCAGUUUGACAUUGAAUGUACACUUUGUUGGAGUUGAGACAGAAAUCCAAUACAUCCACACUUUCAAUGAAUUGCUCAACUUGUUCCCAUCGUUCAAAUUUCAACUGUCUUUCAUCGGACCAAACAUGCAGCACAAUUCUUCAAUCACAGACAACGCACAGACAACCAAGAUACUUGAUACCAAUGGAAAGAUUGAAGUGAAGUUCAUAUAUCAAUUGUAUCAUGAUAUUGUCGGCAUUGACAAACCAGAUCUAGUUAUAGGAUUUAAUGCCGGAAUAUCCGCCUAUCCGAGUUGGAAGACGACCAUUCUCCAUUUGAAGAAAAACAAGAUACCAUCUUAUUUCAGUGAGUACUGCUGGCGGUGCUAUUAUACAACACGGAAUGUUCUUCACGGGCAUUUACGCGGCGUUCAUGUCUCCAAUGGUCUGCCUAACAAUUUCAGAUGUCCGACACAAAUCCGGGAUGAUUGCACUAAAAUAACUCAGUACCGCAAUAAUAUUGUGUUCAAACUUUUGUUUCAUCAUCCCGAAUGA